AUGGUGAGCCAACUAGUAUGGCAGCGGGCUGCCGCCUCUCGCAGGCUGGCCGCACGCUUGUCCCCACAAAGACUCACCACCCGUGGCCUGGCCACCGAGGCCGCGUCGUCCCGGAUGCCGCCCUACCCCAAGAUUGUCCGAAACCUCGAGCAGGUCCGUAAGGUGCUGGGUUCCGACCGCGCCCUCACUCUUGCGGAGAAGAUUCUUUACGCUCACUUGGACAACCCGGAGGAGUCCCUCCUAUCCGGCACCAACAAUGGUCGCGACAUCCGUGGCAAGGCCAACUUGAAGCUGAAGCCCGAUCGUGUGGCCAUGCAGGAUGCGUCAGCCCAGAUGGCUCUGCUUCAGUUCAUGUCGUGCGGUCUACCCUCGACUGCCGUUCCCGCCAGUAUUCACUGUGACCACAUGAUUGUUGGCGAGCGUGGUGCCGAUACCGAUCUGCCGGCCUCGAUUCAGGGUAACGCCGAGGUGUUCGACUUCCUGGAGAGUGCUGCCAAACGCUACGGUAUUGAGUUUUGGCCGCCAGGUGCUGGUAUCAUUCACCAGAGCGUUCUGGAGAACUACGCUGCUCCUGGUCUGAUGAUGUUGGGUACCGACAGCCACACCCCCAACGGCGGUGGUCUCGGUGCUAUUGCCAUUGGUGUCGGUGGCGCUGAUGCCGUCGAUGCCCUUGUGGAUGCUCCCUGGGAGCUGAAGGCACCCAAAAUCCUCGGUGUCCGCCUGGAGGGCCGCUUGAGCGGCUGGGCCUCGCCUAAAGAUAUUAUCCUACACUUGGCUGGCAAGCUAACCGUCCGUGGCGGUACUGGCUUCGUCGUUGAGUACCACGGCCCUGGUGUGGAGACUCUGAGCUGCACUGGUAUGGCCACCUGCUGUAACAUGGGUGCUGAGGUUGGUGCUACCACCUCGCUUUUCCCCUUCUCUCCAAGCAUGAUUCCUUAUCUGGAAGCCACUCACCGUGGCCAUGUUGCCAAGGCCGCAGCUGAGAUCGCUGCUUCUGGUCCUGGUAAUUUGCUGCGGGCUGAUAGCAAGGCUGAGUAUGAUCAGUUGAUUACUAUCAACUUGUCGGAGCUUGAGCCUCACAUCAACGGUCCUUUCACUCCGGAUCUGUCGGUGCCGCUGUCCAAGUUCGCCGACACUGUCCGCGAGAAGCAAUGGCCCGAGACCUUCGGUGCCGGUCUCAUUGGCAGCUGCACUAACUCCUCGUACGAGGACAUGACCCGCGCCGAGGAUCUGGUCAAGCAGGCAUCCGCUGCCGGUCUCAAGCCCAAGUCCGAUUUCUUUAUUACCCCGGGUAGUGAGCAGAUCCGUGCCACUCUCGACCGUGACCAGACCCUGAAGACCUUCUCUGAAGCCGGUGGGGUUGUUCUGGCCAAUGCCUGCGGUCCCUGCAUUGGUCAGUGGAAGCGUACCGACGGUGUCCCCAAGGGCGAGAACAAUGCCAUCUUCACCUCCUACAACCGUAACUUCCCUGGUCGUAACGAUGGAAACCGCCAGACCAUGAACUUCCUGGCCUCUCCUGAGCUUGUCACCGCGCUCGCCUACUCUGGCAGCACUACCUUCAACCCUAUGACCGACUCGCUUACCACCCCCAGCGGUGAGACCUUCAAGUUCCAGCCCCCCAAGGGUCACCAGCUGCCCGGUGCCGGUUUCGAGGAGGGCAAUCCUAACUUUCUGCCCACCGCCGCUGUCCCCGAUGCUACCUGUGAGGUCAUCGUGUCUCCUACCUCGGAUCGCCUGGCCCUCCUGGAGCCGUUCGCCCCCUUCCCCAAGUCCGACUUGGCCGGCCUGCAAGUUUUGUACAAGGUCAAGGGCCAGUGCACCACCGACACUAUCUCCGCUGCCGGACCCUGGCUCAAGUACAAGGGCCAUCUCCCCAACAUAUCUGCCAACACUCUGAUCGGUGCUGUUAACGCUGCCACCGGUGAGACCAACGUUGCCUACGAUGAGAACGGCGCUCCGCACGGCAUUCCCGAGCUUGCUGAGCAGUGGAAGCAGCGCGGCAUCGAGUGGCUCGUUGUUGCUGAGGACAACUACGGUGAGGGCUCCGCUCGUGAGCACGCUGCUCUGCAGCCCCGUUACCUCGGCGGCCGCGUGAUCGUCUCCAAGAGCUUUGCUCGUAUCCACGAGACCAACCUGAAGAAGCAGGGUGUCGUGCCGCUGACCUUCUCCAACCGCGAGGACUAUGACCGCAUCGAUGCCUGCGAUGUUGUCGACACUGUCGGCCUCUAUGACGUCCUGCAAGCCGGUGGCCAGGGCGAGAUCCAGCUGCGCGUGACCAAGAAGAAGACCGGCGAGUCGUUCCUUGUCCCUGUCCAGCACACUCUGAGCAAGGACCAGUGCGGCUUCAUUUUGGCUGGUAGCGCUCUCAAUCUGCUGGCCAAGAAGGCCAACGCGCAAUAA